AUGGCAGAGAUUGCUCUGGAGUACGCCGAGAGCGUCGAGCUCGUUGGAGAUGGCAAGGACGUUUGGGUUUUUGACAUUGACGAAACUUCACUCUCUGAUUUGCCUUACUAUGCUCGGUCUGAUGUUGGAUUCGGGGCAAUAGCAUUUAAUGACACAAAGUUCGACGAGUGGCUAGCUGAAGGAAUAGCACCAGCAAUACCAGCGGUUCAUAAAUUUUACGAGAAAUUAUUGUCUUUAGGGUUUAAGAUUGUCUUCCUCUCCGGAUCAGCAGAGAGAAUUAAAGAUAUAAGAAUUUCCAAUUUAAAAGGAUCUGGUUAUCAUACCUGGGAAAAGCUCAUACUUAAGAAAGACUCUGAAAAAGGUACCACAGCAUUGGUGUACAAAUCCAACAAACGCAAAGAACUUGAAGAAGCGGGAUACAGAAUAUGGGGAAACAUGGGAGAUCAGUGGAGUGAUUUACUUGGUAACAACGUUGGUAAUCGGACUUUCAAGGUGCCGAAUCCGAUGUUCUACAUUGGUUGA